AUUUCUGUGACUAUAAUCCCAAUAAAACCGCUGCACGACCGUUACUGUUUACACUAUGUGAGUAUUUUGGUUAAACUGUAGUGUAAGAACGUCUUAAUAAGUAUCGGUAGUGGUCUCAGAGUGAGCAGCCCGCCGUUCCCACACUUCUCCUCCGAGCCCCGGCUCUCAGAGGACAGCCGCCCCCAUGUUGGAGGGCGGUAGUCUGGAGCUGGUCACCCCUCUUCCUCAACCGUAUAUGUACACUCUGUGCCUCACUCCAGCGAGUCUCUGACAGCCUUCAGCGGAGCUACAGCCUCUCCUGGACACUCUGACCAAAGGAACAUGGCUACAGAACACUUAGAAAUGAACGGCGGUGCUGACAGAAACGGCGACGCUGAGGUCCCACUGCGGCCAGACAGGAGGAGGAGAGAAAAACCCCUGAACAUGAACAAUUACGCCAAUAAGAAGAGCGUGGCAGAAAGCAUGCUGGACGUGGCUCUGCUGAUGGCUAAUGCCUCCCAGCUGAAGGCGGUGUUAGCACAGGGAUCACAAUUCCCCUUCUAUGUGCCCCUCAUUAUUCUCAUCAGCAUCUCUCUCAUCCUACAAAUCCUGGUGGGAGUUCUGCUCAUCUUUAUCUUGAAGUGGAAUCUAAAUGAUGAGAGAAUGCACUACAAGCUGGACAUCUUGGAGAAUUUUGCCACAGCCUUUGUCUUCAUCAUAGUCGUAGUCAACGUCUUCAUCACAGCCUUCGGUGUCCAAAUGUCUACAAGUUCUUGAUCAUUCCUUUACUUGGUGCCUGCUGAUUAACUUUUCAAAGACGGACAACCAAAUUAUCCUCCGCAGAAAGAAUGGACAUUUGUUAAACAAACUAGACGGCAUGCGGGUGUAUUCGUUUUUCUGAAAUUCAACCUCCCAAGCUAGAAGAGAACCAAGGAUAAAGUUAUAUUGUCUGCUAUGUGUGUCUGUUAGACGUGUUCUGUCACUCUAACCAUGGACAACGUGUGGUGGUCAGUUCUUAUUUCAUGUAAAUAUUCACCAGUUUGUUACCUCCUAUCAUGCUCAGGUUACUGAUGCAAAUGACUGAUUGCCUUUACUUAUUAAACUAACAUCAGGAGCAAUAUACUGUAUGUCUGCUGAAAACAUUGUGAAAACAAAAAAAAGACUUUUGGCUCUUAUUUUGAAGUUUUUAAAUAUGUUAUUGUGCCUGCAUUCUGUUUCAAACAAAAAAGCAUAAUCACCACACGUAUAAUCCAAAUGAAGUUCUUGACAGUGAGUGCAUCAGGAUUCAUCUUCCCCUACUGCUGCACGAGGCGUUAUGUAAAUUAGCUUUAUUAUGUGGGGAAAAUGUGAUAUUUACAGUGUUUUAGUCCUCCAUUGAAUGAUGAAGUGGACCAUACCUUUGUUUUCUAAAGUACUAUAGAGUGUAAUGUGUAAUAUUUAAACGGUCAUUCAUCAGUUAAUGUCUGUAAGUCUUGUGGAUUGAAUUAUCUAUAGUGUACGUAGUUACUUUGAGGCUUUUUUAUCACAUUUUUUAAGGACCAAAAACAUUCUCUCUCUGUAUAUAUAUAUAAUCUUGUACUGUACAUUGUGACUAGUAUUUUACAUGAAGAUUCUUAAUAAAACUAUAAAAACUGACAA